AAAUAUAAAAUCAAAAGAUGAACAUCUGAUGUUCAAGCGCUCGCUUCGUACAUGUAUACAUGUUUUCAACCGCCUGUCAGCCAUUAUUUUUCGAAGUUACUCAUUCCAUAAACCUGGUCUAUGUUUUUUAAGGGAGUGUCUUCCGUAUAAUGAGUCACGGCGUUAAUUAGUCUGUUGUAUAAAACUGUACAUUUGUUAUUUUUCUUACUUUAAUUCUAUACUUCUCAGUAUAAUGAACAAUCUGAGUUUAUGAGUGUUUGUGUAUACCGAUAUUAUACACGAACGACAACUCUGUAGUCGGAUUAGGUCGAUAAAAUCCAAAUUUGUCGUCUCUGUCCACAUGCAAAUCAGGUAAUGGAUGUUUCUUUCAUCACAUGGACUGUAGUCCUUCCAAUCAUGAAUAAUUCACUGUAGAUAAUAUUUACCAGUCGUGGAAACAGGUAGCCAGCGCCUACUGUAUAGAGUGAGAGAACCCUUCGGGGGCCCCGCUGUCCUCUUACGACACUUUUUUAAGAACCCCUGGACUUCUUAGAAUUAAUCAAAAGGGCAUGUCAGUUUAUAUUUCAAUUACAUCGUCCUGAGGGAGCACGAACGGUCAGAAGGGAAUAUUGAUACAUUCUUUUUCGGAUUAACGGAACUGCAGAAAAUUUGGUUCAUGACGAAAUAAUUUUUGUGUUUUCAAGUUUUGAAUGGGAUUUUUUCUAAUAUAAUCAGAGAAAAUGAGAUCAUAUCUACUCCUGUCGGUAUGCCUUUUGUUCAUACCGCAAGGAAUGAAGCCAACAGAGGCUGCUACAACAACAGAAUCUGUUACUUCCACAACGGAAGCUGCAUCCACAACAGAAGUUGCAACAACAAUGGAAGCCGGAACUACAACAGAAGCUGAAACUACAACUGAAGCUGCAACUACAACAGAAGCUGCAACCACAACAGUAGCUGAAACCACAACGGAAGCUGCAACCACAACAGAAGUUGAAACCACAACAGAAGCUGCAACUACGACAGAAGGUGCAACCACAACAGAAGCCACAACCACAACAGAAGCUGCAACUGCAACAGCAACUGUAACCACAACUGAAGCGGCAACCACAACUAAAGCUGCAACCACAACAGAAACCGCAACCACAACAGAGGCUGUGACGACAACUGAAGCUGCAACCACAACAGAAGCUGCAACCACAACAGUAGCUGAAACCACAACGGAAGCUGCAACCACAACAGAAGUUGAAACCACAACAGAAGCUGCAACUACGACAGAAGGUGCAACCACAACAGAAGCCGCAACCACAACAGAAGCUGCAACUGCAACAGCAACUGUAACCACAACUGAAGCGGCAACCAAAACUGAAGCUGCAACCACAACAGAAACCGCAACCACAACAGAGGCUGUGACGACAACUGAAGCUGCAACCACAACAGAAGCUGCAACCACAACAGAAGCUGCAACCACAACAGAAGCUGCAACCAAAACAGAAGCUGCUACCACAACAGUAGAUGCAACCACAACAGAAGCUGCAACUACAACAGAAGCUGCUACCACAACUGAAGCUGCAACCACAACACAAGCUGCUACCACAACAGACACUGCAACCACAACUGAAGCUGUAACCACAACAGAAACUGCAACAACGACAGAAGCUUCAACCACAACAGAAGCUGUAACCACAACAGAAGCUGCAACCACAACAGAAGCUGCUACCACAACAGAAACUGAUACCACAACAGAAGCUGCUACCACAACAGAAUCUGCUACCACAACAGAAGCUGUAACUACAACAGAAGCUGCAACCACAACAGAAACUGCUACCACAACAGUAGCUGCAACCACAACAGAAGCUGCAACCACAACAGAGGCUGCAAUCACAACAGUAGCUGCUACCACAACUGAAGCUGCAACCACAACAGAAGCUGCAACUACAACAGAAAUUGCAACCACAACAGAAGCUGCUACCACAACAGAAACUGCAACCACAACAGAAGCUGCAACCACAACAGUAGUUGCAACCACAACAGAAGCUGCAACCACAACAGAGGCUGCUACCACAACAGAAACUGCAACAACGACAGAAGCUGUAACCACAACAGAAGCUGCAACUACAACGGAAGCUUCAACUACAACAGAAACUGCUACAACAACAGAAGCUGCUACAACAACAGAUGCUGCAACCACAACAGUAGAUGCAACCACAACAGAAGCUGCAAUUACAACAGAAGCUGCUACCACAACACAAGCUGCAACCACAACACAAGCUGCUACCACAACAGACACUGCAACCACAACUGAAGCUGCAACCACAACAGAAACUGCAACAACGACAGAAGCUGCAACCACAACAGAAGCUGUAACCACAACAGAAGCUGCAACCACAACAGAAAUUGCAAUCACAACAGAAGCUGCUACCACAACAGAAGCUGCAACCACGACAGAAGCUGCAAGCACAACAGAAACUGCAACCACAACAGAAUCUGCUACCACAACAGAAGCUGUAACUACAACUGAAGCUGCAACCACAACAGAAACUGCUACCACAACAGUAGCUGCAACCACAACAGAAGCUGCAACCACAACAGAAGCUGCAACCACAACAGAAACUGCUACUACAACGGAAGCUGAAACCAUAACAGAAACUGCUACCACAACAGUAGCUGCAACCACAACAGAAACUGCAACCACAACAGAGGCUGCAAUCACAACAGUAGCUGCUACCACAACUGAAGCUGCAACCACAACAGAAGCUGCAACUACAACAGAAAUUGCAACCACAACAGAAGCUGCUACCACAACAGAAGCUGCAACAACAACAGUAGUUGCAACCACAACAGAAGCUGCAACCACAACAGAGGCUGCUACCACAACCGAAACUGCAACAACGACAGAAGCUGUAACCACAACAGAAGCUGCAACUACAACGGAAGCUUCAACUACAACAGAAACUGCUACCACAACAGAAGCUGCUACCACAACAGAUGCUGCAACCACAACAGUAGAUGCAACCACAACAGAAGCUGCUACCACAACAGAUGCUGCAACCACAACAGUAGAUGCAACCACAACAGAAUCUGCAACUACAACAGAAGCUGCUACCACAACACAAGCUGCAACCACAAAACAAGCUGCUACCACAACAGACACUGCAACCACAACUGAAGCUGCAACCACAACAGAAACUGCAACAACAACAGAAGCUGCAACCACAACAGAAGCUGUAACCACAACAGAAGCUGCAACCACAACAGAAACUGCAAUCACAACAGAAGCUGCUACCACAACAGAAGCUUCAACCACGACAGAAGCUGCAAGCACAACAGAAGCUGCAACCACAACAGAAUCUGCUACCACAACAGAAGCUGUAACUACAACGGAAGCUGCAACCACAACAGAAACUGCUACCACAACAGUAGCUGCAACCACAACAGAAGCUGCAACCACAACAGAGGCUGCAAUCACAACAGUAGCUGCUACCACAACUGAAGCUGCAACUACAACAGAAAUUGCAACCACAACAGAAGCUGCUACCACAACAGAAGCUGCAACCACAACAGUAGUUGCAACCACAACAGAAGCUGCAACUACAACAGAGGCUGCUACCACAACCGAAACUGCAACAACGACAGAAGCUGUAACCACAACAGAAGCUGCAACUACAACGGAAGCUUCAACUACAACAGAAACUGCUACAACAACAGAAGCUGCUACAACAACAGAUGCUGCAACUACAACAGAAGCUGCAACCACAACAGAAACUGCUACCAGAACAGAAGCUGCAACCACAACAGAAGCUGCUACCACAACAGAUGCUGCAACUACAGCAGACGUUAAAACUACAACAGAAGCUGCAACCACAACAGAAGCUGCUACCACAACAGAAGCUGCAACCACGACAGAAGCUGCAAGCACAACAGAAGCUGGAACCACAACAGAAUCCGCUACCACAACAGAAGCUGUAACUACAACGGAAGGUGCAACCACAACAGAAACUGCUACCACAACAGUUGCUGCAACCACAACAGACGCUAAAACCACAACAGAAGCUGCUACCACAGCAGAAGCUGUUACCAUAACAGAUGCUGCAACUGCAACAGGAGCUGCAACCACAACAGAAACUGCUACCACAACUGAAGCCGCAACCACAACAGAAGCUGUAACAACGACAAAAGCUGCAACAACAACUGAAGCUGCAACCACAACAGAAUCUGUCACUACCACAAAAGCUGCAACAACAACGGAAGCUGCAAUCACAACAAAAGUUGCAACCACAACUGAAGCUGUAACCACGACAGAAGCUGCUACCACAACAGAAGCUGCAACCACAACAGAACCUGCAACCUCAACAGAAGCUGCUACCACAACAGAAGCUGCAACCACAACAGAAGCUGCAACCACAACAAAAGCUGCUACCACAACUGAAGCUGCAACUACAAUAGAAGCUGUUACCACAACAAAAGCUGCAACCACAACAGAAGCUGCUACCACAACAGAAGCUACAACCACAACAGAAGCUGUAACCACAACAGAAGCUGCUACUACAACAGAAGCUGCUACCACAACAGAAAGCACACCCACACCUGAAGCUAAAACUAGAACUGAAGCCGGAACCACAACAGAAGCUGUAACAACGACAGAAGCUGCAAUAACAACGGAAACUGCAACUACAACAGAAGCUGUUACUACAACAAAAGCUGCAACUUCAACUGAAGCUGCAACCACAACAGAAUCUGCUACCACAACAGAAGCUGCUACCACAACAGCAGCUAAAACUACAACUGAAGCCGCAACCACAACAGAAGCAGUAACAACGACAGAAACUGCAACUACAACAGGACCUGCAACCACAACAGAAACUGCAACCACAACAGAAACUGCAACCACAACAGUAGCUGCAACCACAACAGAAGCUGCAACCACAACAGAAACUGCAACCUCAACAGGAGCUGCUACCACAACAGAACCUGCAGCCACAACAGAAACUGCAACCACAACAGAAGCUGCAACCACUACAGAAGCUUUUGAGACAACAGAAGCUGCAACCACAACAAAAGCAGUAACAACGACAGAAGCUGCAACAACAACGGAAACUGCAACCACAACAGAAGUUGCAACAACUGAAGCUGCAACCACGACAGAAGCUGCAACCACGACAGAACCUGCAGCCACAACAGAAACUGCAACCACAACAGAAGCUGCAACCACAACAGAAGCUGCAACCACAACAGAAGCUGCAACCACAACAGAAGCUGAAACCACAACAGGAAUUGCAACCACAACAGAAGCUGCUACCACAGCAGAAACUGCAACCACAACAGAAACUGCAACCACAACAGUAGCUGCAACCACACUAGAAGCUGCUACCACAACAGAAACUGCAACAUCAACGGAAGCUGUAACCACAACAGAAGCUGCUACCACAACAGAAGCUGCACCUACAACUGAAGCUGCAACCACAGCAGAAACUACAACCACAGCAGAAACUGCAACCACAAUAGAAGCUGCUACCACAACAGAAGCUGCAACCACAACUAAAUCUGGAACCACAGCUGAAGCUUCAACCACAACAGAAGCUGCAAGUACUACAGAAGCUGCAACCACAACUGAAACUGCAACCACAACAGAAACUGUAACCACAACAGAAACUGCAACCACACCAGUAGCCGCAACCACAACAGAAGGUGCUACCACAACUGAAGCUGAAACUACAACAGAAGCUGCAACAACGACAGAAGCUGUAACCACAGCAGAAGCUGCAACCACAACAGAAGCUGUAACCACAACAGAAGCUGCAACGACAUCCGAAGCUGCAAUAACAAUAGACGCUGCAACCACAACAGGAGCUGCAAAUAGAACAGAAUCUUCAACUACAACUGUAGCUGCAACAGAUGCUGCAACCAGAACAGAGGCUGCAACCACAACAGAGGCUGCAACCACAACAGAUGCUGGAACCACAACAGAAGUUGCAACCACAAGUGAAGUCUCAACUACAACAGAAACUGUUACUAACACACAAGCUGUUACCACAACACAAGCUAUAACAACACUAGCCCCAACUACAACAGUUGAUGUUAGUACCUCUUCUGCUCCCGCUACAACCACUACUGACGCCACAACUAAUGCCACUAUUAGUGUGAUUGAGCCGCUCCCAUAUGGACCUGCUGAAUCUGACCUGAUUCUGACCGGGGACGACAAAACUGGGCAGACACUUUAUGCUCCCACUCAAAUCCUUAUAGGGGAUGGAACAGACGGAACGUUCAACUACGUAUCGAUUGGAACAAACGGAAUACUGGGUCUAGGUGAGCGAUACAACAGCUUCUCGAACAGAGCCCUGACCGCCACUAGUAUAAUCAGACGGAGAAUCAUAUGCCCAUUUUGGACUGAUCUGAUAGGAAACACAAAUAUGAACACACAGGAUGGGAAAGUCUUCUACAGAUCCUACACAAAAGAGAAUUCCGCUGAUCAAAGUUUAUUGGACAAAGCUAGUGAUAUAGUCAAAACGUACUAUACAGAUUACCCACAAUUCCAGGCAACAUGGGUCGUAAAAGCUACAUGGUACAGAAUGCGUGUAAACGGAUUAGAAAAUACGGUGACCUUCCAGUGUGUUUUGAUCACGGACGGAGAGAACACCUUUACAGUAUUUAAUUAUAUUGAUGUGGACGCUGUCCCCAGGUACUACAAGGCUGUGACCAUUGGCUAUCGGUUCCGGAAUUUCUACAGCAGCAAUGCGUACUCCAGAAGAAAGACUGCAUACAAGCUGAGCGCGAUCCCCGGGAACACAGCAAAUAAUGGAUUUUGGGUCUACAAGAUGUCAAUAGUCAGUGACAUGAGUUCGGAGGAGAGACAGUGUUUUAACUGGUACAUAGACAACAAGAACCGGCAAGUGGACAGACUGCUCAGAUAUAGGAGAUUGUUCAGGCGCUUCCAAUGCCCUUGCAACAGCGCUCAACUUAUAUUCACACCACACUUCCGGAUGAAUAGAGUGGAUUUUAACAACAAUCUGAUUUGUUACGCGUCCUUGUGGGGAACACAGAGUGCCGAGUGCUGUUAUCCUCUGGGAUCUAGUGGUCGGUUUCGCGGCGCCCGAACCAACGCCAUUCCUAACGCUGGAACACUUCUGGAAUACAACCCCUUCUUUAGAAGAAGUCAGUAUUUCAGCAAUGACUUUAAUCCCAAGGAACUCUGUUGUCAAACUGGACACUGUGACUGGUACUAUCAAGUCAGGCCAAAGACAAGGUGCAACCGUAGACCAUGGUUCAGACGUGGUUUCUUCUUUGGUGACCCCCAUAUCACUACGCUGGACGGUGGUCAGUACACGUUUAAUGGCUACGGUGAAUACACGAUGAUGAAGUUUGAUGAGGGAAAUGCGAAGUUUGAACUUCAGAGUCGAACUGACCUCGCCACCUCAGGGAACGGCACCGCCAUCAAUGCCACAAUAUUCAGCGCUUUCGUUGCUAAGGAUCACACCGGCGCAUCCGUGCAAGUCGAGCUGUCAAGAAAAAAAGAUAAAAUGUACAUUCGUGGAAAUGGACGAGAUCUAACGUUAGCUUUCGACAAUGACCCAAACUUUUUCUUUGCAACCGUGAAUCUGACGAUUUCCAAGGAAAACAAUACAAUUUCAGCGACGUUUCUUGAAAGCUCUGUAACAAUUAAGAUUAGCAUGGGGGUGAGGUUUCUGGUUUGUGAGAACCUUGUCAGUGAAGACUACAGAGGAAACAUAAGCGGUCUUGUUGGGAACUUUGACGGCGUCAAGGACAAUGACUUUAUCCUGCCAAAUGGUACUGUACUGACCGGAGACGAUGUGAACACUGAGAGGAAAAUCUACUAUAAUUUCGGACAACUGUGGUCAGUAAACGAAAGCACAUCUUUAUUUCAUUACGAUACUGGAUACACGCACGGAUACUUUUCACAUCCUGACUUCGUUCCCUUCUUCAUCGAUGAGUUUACUGAGGAGGAGCGAAAUGCGUCAAUUGUUGCAUGCGGUGGUGCCUCAGCGUCACAGGCAUGCAUAUUUGACUUCCUGGCAACAGGAGAUAAAGCGCUGGCCGACUCCUCCGGAAGUGAGCAGAGCACAUUCGAUACAGAGUCCGCGACUGCAGAAAAUGAAACGCCGUUCAUAGAAUUAGAAGGCGAUGGACAUAUUUUAGUGGAAGUGAAUAAAUCUGUGGAAUUGAAAUUCAAUGCUUCGGACGAUGAGGCAUUUUCUUACCAAGUUCUACAGCAGCCUUCCACCGGGUUCAGCUUCAACGACAGCAAUGGUGUCGCCAUUUGGACGCCUCCUGACUCUUCGGUCGUCAAUAUCAGCUUAACAGUUGUGGACAAUAAGAACGCAUCAGCCUCUCCCGUGGACGUCUCUAUCAUACUAUGCAGCGGAUGCAAUGGCCACGGAACAUGCAAUUACAACAGUACCCGGACUACAGCCAACAGUCAGUUCCAGCUGGCCGUCUGUGUGUGUGAAACCGGAUACGAUGGUGACGACUGUGAAAAUGACGAGGACGCCUGUCUUCAGAACCCGUGUCCUCUGGACAGAAACUGCACGGAUCUGUCACCAGAGGAGGAGACGGCCCUAGGGAGAGGCUACAACUGUACACCCUGUCCUAGCGGUUAUCAGGACAUAGACAACAAAUGCGAAGACAUUGAUGAGUGUAACAAAACAGCGACAAACAUCUGCAACUCUCUUACACAGAACUGUGAGAAUACGGAGGGGAGUUAUGAAUGUUCCUGCAAAGCGGGAUACCGGAAAGUCGGUCAGGCGUGUCAAGAUAUUGAUGAAUGUACAGAGGCGACCUCCGACUGUCAACAGAUCUGUACAAACUCCCCCGGAUCUUUUAGUUGUUCCUGUGUGGUGGGGCAUUCCCUCAAUAUUGACAGUAAAACCUGUACUUCACAAGUGACGGAUAUUUGCUCUGCCGCUGGUCUGAGCUGUGAGUACACGUGUGACAAUUCUACUGGUGCCUUCGUAUGUGUUUGUCCUAAUGGAUACGAACUGGAAUCAAAUGGACAAAACUGCACAGAUAUUGACGAGUGCACGAGACAAGUUUGUUCCCAGACCUGUAACAACACUAUUGGCUCCUACAGUUGUUCCUGCUUCUCUGGUUACAGUCUAAAUUCCGAUAAAACAACAUGUUCAGCUUGCGAGGUUCCAAACUAUGGUGAUAACUGUGGCCAGCUAUGCCGAUGUGGGACGGGCGUAGACAGCUGUGACCCAGUUCGUGGGUGUGUCUGUCUGUCAGGAUGGACUGGUGCAAGUUGUGACCUGGAUAUAGACGAGUGUACUGCAAAUCCUGCUAUCUGCGGCUCGGAGAAGAUCUGUAAAAACCUGCAAGGAUCCUACACGUGCAACUGUAGAGAGGGGUUCGAGAGGAAUGGCACAGACUGUGCGGACAUCGACGAAUGUGCUAAUGCCGCCUACAAUAAUUGCACUGACUCGGCUUCUACGUGUCAGAACACAAACGGCGGUUACACGUGCAGGUGUCUAGCCGGCUACGCACAGCAGGAUGCUUUCGUGUGCCAAGACGUUGACGAGUGUGCUGCAGGCAUCCAUAACUGUACCCAGACGUGUACAAACGCUGAUGGAGGCUACCAUUGUGGGUGUGAGUUUGGAUUCGUCCUCACUGAUGACCGGAGAUCUUGUGAGAGAGUUUCCGAUAUCUGUUCGCUGUUUCCUUCGCUAAACUGCAGUUACGCCUGCAAACAAGACACGAGUAACGCUAGCAUAGCAUACUGUUUCUGUGAGACUGGUUAUGACCUCAGCGCCCAGGACCAGCAGUCGUGUAUCGAUGUGAAUGAGUGCCUGAAUUCCACAAUGAACAAGUGUUCAUUCCCCAUCACCUGUGUGAACCUUCCGGGGUCCUAUCGCUGCUCCUGUCCAAUAGGAUACUCCCUGGAAAACGACGGGCGAACAUGUACAGCAUGUGAUGGGUUUUACUAUGGAGAAGAUUGUAAAACACCUUGUAACUGUGGAGUCGGAGCCUCGACCUGUGACAGCGUUAGAGGGUGUCAGUGCAAGACUGGGUGGGCGGGGGCCAAGUGUGACGCAGACAUUGAUGAGUGUUCCACUGGUACCCCGUGUACCGGAGCCAAUCGGGUGUGUCAGAACAUCCCCGGAUCAUACCAGUGUAUCUGUGAAACGGGCUAUAAUGAAACCACAUCUGGCAAUUGCACAGAUAUCGAUGAAUGCAAUACCGGUACGAAUCCAUGUAGCCAAGUGUGUACGAACACUCCCGGAAGUUACUCCUGCAGCUGUAAUGUUGGAUUUCGAUUGGUUGGAACGACACAGUGCGAUGAUUAUGACGAGUGCUCUGCCCCUGUCAGUCCCUGUGACCAAGUCUGUGCCAACACAGUAGGCAGUUAUAAGUGUUCCUGUAACCCGGGAUUCCUGCUCAACUCAACUACAAGGACCACGUGUUAUUCAAAAACUGUUUGCACGAAUACUACGUUCAACUGUACCCAACAAUGCGGUGUUAGUUCUGGGGGUUCGGAAUACUGCUUUUGCGACGCUGGAUACAUCUUGGAUGCAGAUGGAUUUACAUGCAACAAUCGAGAUGAGUGUACUCCCAAUCCCUGCAGUGGGAAUUGCUCCCAGAAUGCCCCCGGAGCGGGUUACACGUGUUCUUGUUCUGUGGGGAGGAAGCUGGAUGUCGACCAGAGGACCUGUAUAGACUGCGAUCCUGGAACGUAUGGUUUGAACUGCGAUACGAAUUGUUCCUGUCAUGUUCAAAAUACCCAGUCCUGUGAUAAAGUAACCGGAAGCUGUACUUGCAAAACGGGUUGGGAAGGGACCAACUGUUCCAGUGAUGUAAAUGAAUGCCUAAAUAAGACGAUUUGUCCUAGUAAUUCCCAAUGCUCAAACUCUGAUGGGACAUAUUCCUGUGUUUGUAGUUCUGGAUACUUGCUUGUUGGUGACCAGUGUAUCGAAUGUUCCAGUACAACGUACGGUCAGAACUGUGGCAGUCAGUGUACAUGUGACGUCAGAAACACACAGUCAUGUGACAAACAGAACGGAACCUGUUACUGCAGUUCCGGGUGGCAGGGAGUCAACUGUACAGAGGACGUGCCGGAGUGCACUAAUGACCCCAAUAUCUGCGGUUCCAACUCAGCCUGCUCUGAACAGGCUGGGUCCUAUCUUUGCGUGUGUACUUCAGGGUACGAGAAAGAUUCGAAUGGAAAUUGCAUAGACAUCAAUGAAUGUGCACGUGGUACCUCUAACUGCAACUCGAACUUUGACUGUAGUAACACUGAAGGAGGGUUUAAUUGUACUUGUAAACCUGGAUUUAUUGACAAUGGACAAAUAUGUACAGUCCAGUCUACUACAGAAGGAGCAACAUCUACGACGUCGGAGUCUAUUAGUACUGUUACUUCUACCGCCCCUGUAACUAAUGUUUCCACCGAACCAGUAACAACGCAAUCAACAGAAGAACCGACUACCUAUACAGCAGCAACAGGAGAAGCGGUUUUCUCUGUCUCAUUCACAUUUAAUAUCAACGGAAAACUGGAAGAUAAAGAGGCAAUCAAAUCCCAAAUGUUGACAGCGCUGACAGCACUCUACAACGGCAGAGUUAAGGGGUUCAUAAAUGUCAUCAUAAUCGACAUCAGAUUUGGCAGUGUGAUUGGUGACCACAGCGUAGUGACGUCCAGCAACACGCCAGUAGAGACUCGAAGUGAUUUCACCAGAACACUAAAUAGCUUGGCUACAGGUGCUCUGAAAGUCACAUACAAUGGAUCCCAGUACCCAGUUCAGACUAUGACCGUCGCCGACUACAAUGGCAACCUACAGAAUGUAUCGAUAGUGUCCUCCUCCAACGUGUGUCAGGUGUUCAACACGCUGAACACCUGUCCACAAGGUCAGCAGUGUAAAGAUUUAGACGGGAUCGUUCAGUGCAGGAUCAUUGAAAGCGACGAUUCCUUCAAACUGAUUGUGGGCCUUGGUGUAGGGAUCCCCCUAUUCUUCAUUGCCGUACUAGUACUGGCUAUCGUUUGUAUAUACUAUCGCAGACAGAGACACAAGGAAAGCUCCUUAAGUUUUGAGGAAGAUGAUUUAGAUAGGACAAUGCAUACAGACGGAUUUUUCAAGUCUGGGAUCCCUACGAAGAUUGAUAGCUGGGGUCGGCGUGGUCCCUAUUCACUACGAAACUGGGGAGAUGAUUCCAGUAUAUCCGAUAUAAACGAACGAAGAGGAAGAAGCGGAGAUGGUUUCGAUAACACAUAUCGUGGCGGUAGAGAAGUUUACAUGUACGAUAAUGGGGCCAAAUCUAAUUUUUCGUGGGACUUCAUGUAUCAAGCACUGGAUCCACAUAGACAAUAUCAGAUAAAACGCCCACAGACAGAGACUAAGCCACACCCGUUAUAUAAAAAAUCUGACCCCUAGUGUUUGGAUCCCGGUUUGAAAUCCAUACUCUUCCAUAUAUGUGCCAAUGUUCAUACUGUAUAUGUACGCUGUAUGCAGUCUGAAUCACGUGAUUUGAUCUUCAUGAAUGGAUUAAUGUAGGGGUGAUCAGGUUCCCCGCGUGUUGGUCGCCAUGCCAUGAUCAUUACUCUGACGUGUGUUUGGAAAAGAAAUAUUCACAUGACUGUGCAUUUAGACCAUGUGCAAUGUGCAUCGAACAAACAAUCAUUAUUUCUGUAUAUGACAGCAUAGGAUUUAAAUGUUGUAAGAACUAAUACCUGAUGUUAUGCAUGUGUUCAUGGAGAAUAAGAUGCAACAGAAUGGACAUUACAAUUAUUGACCAUAACAACUAUUUCCAUAUGGCAUUUAUAUAUCAUCUUACUUUUUGAAACAUAGAUUGUAUUUUUCUGUACAAGUGAUUCGACAUAUUCAACAUAUAAUUUCAACUAUGUACAAUGUGAUAUAAUUAUAUUUUUGGAAAUCAAAGGUAUAUUAUGUAUAGCACUUGUUUUUAUUGUCAAUUAUAUUUGUAUAUUUAUACAUGUUUUUCAAUAAAUCCAUAUUUUUUUUUUAUUA